GUUCCCUUCCGGUUUUUCAAUUGCAACAAUGGAGAAAAGGAAGACGCCAAAUGCUUUCGCAUGAAUCUCUUCGACCGCCAAAGCGCACUUCCCUCCAUCCAUAAAUCGACAACGCCGUCCCUCUGCUUCCCCUCCACCGCCGUCCCUCCCCCUCCGUCUUCUUCCUCUGUUUCCUUCCUCCUCCUCCUCCUCUUCUUCUUCAUCCUCUUCAAGCUCUCGAUCGGUUUGAACUCAAUCCGUCCUCCGAUCCUUGUGGCUUGAGCUUGACGCUGUACGUCGUUGAUGGAGCAAGCGUUGCUGGAUGACGUCAUCAAGCGGCUGCUGGAGGUCCGCGGCCGGCCCGGGAAGCAGGUCCAGCUCUCGGAGUCGGAGAUUCGGCAGCUCUGCCUCGUCUCCAAGGACAUCUUCAUGCGGCAGCCCAGUCUGCUGGAGCUCGAAGCUCCCAUUAAGAUUUGUGGUGAUGUUCAUGGUCAAUAUUCUGACCUCCUGAGGCUUUUUGAGUACAAUGGGUUACCUCCUCAGACGAACUACCUGUUUUUGGGGGACUAUGUGGACCGUGGCAAGCAGAGUCUUGAGACUAUAUGCUUGCUCCUUGCCUACAAGAUAAAGUACCCCGAGAACUUUUUCCUACUGAGGGGAAACCAUGAAUGUGCUUCUGUGAAUCGUAUCUACGGGUUUUAUGAUGAGUGCAAGAGAAGGUUUAAUGUCCGGCUGUGGAAGACAUUCUCGGACAGUUUUAACUGCCUUCCAGUGGCAGCCUUGAUUGAUGAGAAGAUAUUGUGCAUGCACGGUGGCCUUUCCCCUGACUUGCACGAUCUGGACCAAAUCAGAAAUAUGCAAAGACCCACUGACGUGCCAGAGACAGGUCUCCUCUGUGACCUUCUUUGGUCAGAUCCCAAUAAAGAUGCAAAGGGAUGGGGUUUGAAUGAUAGAGGGGUUUCGUACACUUUUGGAGCAGAUGUGGUGACAGAGUUUCUUGAGAAGCAUGAUUUGGAUCUCAUAUGCCGGGCCCACCAGGUAGUUGAGGACGGAUAUGAGUUCUUUGCUGACAGGCAGCUAGUUACUAUAUUUUCGGCUCCUAAUUAUUGUGGGGAGUUUGACAAUGCUGGGGCAAUGAUGGGUGUUGAUGAGACACUAAUGUGCUCCUUCCAAAUACUAAAGCCUGGGGAUAAAAAGCCCAAGCCCAACUUUGGUGGCUCAACUGCUGGAACGCCUCUGAAUUCUCCAUCAAUGACCUCUUUUGGAAGCACAGUUACAGCUAAACCCGGAAAUUUACCGGCUGGGGUGAAGUCGAUUCUUGGUUCCAGAGCAUGAGAACUGGGUAAGCAGAUGAAGACGACCAGCAAAAUAUAUUGGAAAAACAUGAAAACAGUCGGGCUAAUGGACCAGUUAAUGGAGGGCACCUAUACAUAGGUUCACAAACAUAUGCUCUAGAUGUAUAAAAGUGAGGAGGUACGUAUCAGAAACUAGUACAUAGAGAUAGUUUCCCUCCCUUCACGUAAAAGUCGGGCUUUCAUGAAGGCUGUCAUCUCUUUCCUCUUAUACACAUAAAAUUUCCGAUAUUUGCGAUUUAAUUUAGAGGAAGAAUGCCGCUUGAACAUCAGUUCUUUCCCCCUUGCUUUGGAUCACUCUCUAUACGAGUCGAGUUGUAACUGGUGAUUGGAUUGGAAUGAUAUUCUGAAAGCAUUUACUGCUUCUGUCUUCUGUUAUUGGUGAGGUUUGGUUAUACUGGAAAAGGAGAAAACCGUCAUUGAAAGGUGCUUCUGUA